CGCCGCGGCCGCCAUGUCCAGCUUCAGCAAGGCGGCGCAGCAAUGGGCCACCUUCGCCAGGGCCUGGUACCUGCUGGACGCCAGGAUGCAGCCSCCGGGGAAGGUGGCGGCCGUGACGGCGCGGAGGCUGGAGGGCCGCCAUAAACCCAUCUACCACGCGCUGAGUGACUGCGGAGAUCAUGUUGUCAUAAUAAACACGAGACAUAUUGCCUUUUCUGGUAACAAAUGGGAGCAGAAAGUGUACUCCUCACAUUCUGGAUAUCCUGGUGGUUUCAAACAAGUGACAGCAACUCAGCUCCAUAUGAAAGAUCCAACUGCUAUUGUUAAGCUGACUGUUUACAGAAUGCUUCCAAAAAACCUUCUCAGGAGAACGAUGAUGCAGAGGUUGCACCUCUUCCCCGAUGAUGUUAUCCCAGAAGAUAUAGAGAAAAAUCUUUUGGAAGAGCUUCCUCAACCACGUGCAGUCCCUAAGAGGUUGGAUGAGUACACACCAGAAGAAGUUGCAGCCUUUCCAAGGCUUUGGGCUCCGGAUUUUUCUAGCCCCCAUCUCCACAUCUUGCUUGGAGGGGGUCUGGUCUGAAGCAGAAUUUGGUUUCAGCUGAACAGAGUCUCAGUUAUGGUGUGCAGAGUCUCAGCUGUGACACAGACUGUCCCCCAUAUGCUGAGCAACAGGGCGCUUCAGUUCCCUGUUCYGAGCAGUUUUAUUAUAUGAAGUUCUUGAUUUGCUGAUUUCCUCUGAAAAAAUGACAGAAAGCCAACACAAAAGGACCCAUACAGAUAACACAGAGUUCAUUCUGCAGUGAGAGCAUGAGAUGAAACGGACAAAAUCAUGAGCACUGUUACUCUCCAUCUAGCUGAAGAAUCAGAGCAACUGAAAAGAUCUCAGCCAGAGCUGCUGGGAUCUUGAGCUACUUUUUAAGGACCAUCUCAAGUUUAUUUAUGAGUGUUUAAAAAAUCUGYACUUCACUAAACAUACUCCUGCGUUCAUUUCCUUAGCUCCUCUGUAGCUGCAGGGUAUGUCAUUUUGGGGAGGUUUUUAUUUUUUGAGCUGUGUUUGUAGAGCACCUCACGCAGUAGUGUUUGGCUCUCAGCUUGGGCCUGGAGGUAUUUCUGUAAUAGGAAUAAAUAGAGCAUCUCUAGCUUGUGUGCUCUUCUCUCCCUCAAAGCAGGGCUGCUGUGUGCCAAUAUGCAGGGAAGAGGUGGCCAACACAAACUCUGUUUGAAAGACAGYCUUACUUUUUCCUAAAAACGGAAACCAGAGAGACAGAGAAGAGGCUGUGCUGCCAAUAUAUUUGUUCCAGCGUACUCUGUGAGGAAUCUCUCUAGAAGUUCAUUUUCCCUCACUGCUUUGAUUCUCCAUAGAAAUUCCAGUAACUAACUGGAAAUCAUUAACCCCCGUUAUAAUCUGGGAACUGUCACYGGUAAAUUUUUUAUGGUAUGGACAUAAAAAUAUGCCAUGAUUUCGUGCAGAAUUUAGUUUAACAGAAUUCCAAAACUGAGUCUCAUAUUUGGGCUGCCAGAGCUGGAUCUAAAUUCCCAUGGAUAAAAACUGCACAGUUAAGUACUUAAGAACGCUGUUCUGCUCUGCAACAUUAGGCUUUAACCACAGACAGCAACCGGAUAUGAAAUUAGAUAUGAAACUAGACGAGUCUGURGCUUAAUCAUGUUAAAAAUGUGACAGAUCUAUGCUUAAAUCAUUAGCCUAUUAAAAUGAAUUAUUGCCUCUUCUCUAGCAUGUGUAAAACACAGCAGUGCAAAUGAUUCUCAUAUUCUUUACUGGGGAUAGCUUAAAUUGUAGCUAAAAGUAUUUCAGAAGGCAAGAGAUUUCAUAAAUGGGUAAUUGGACACUGUGACUUYAGUUGGCUGAAGAGGCUCUGAAAAGUAAAGCUCUAAAGCCACUUCCUGCCCCAAAGGUUGUUAAUCUCCUAUGUGAGAAAACACCAGCUACGACUAAUGGGAUCUGGACAAGCACUGUGUCUUUGUGUGUGAUACUAUUUAACUACUUGCUCAGAUUAAAAUAGAAUUAGAUUUUUUUUUGAUAAACCUUCUAUAAUAUCUAGUUAUAUUUUCUUUUUUUGAUUUUUGGUGGUGAUGGUGAUUCAUCUGGAUGAGCRGAAUGAUUGUUUAAUCAUUCC